CGGAAAUUUUAAAAGUUGUUUUUAAAUUGGAAUGUUAAAAUAAUUAAAGAAUGAGUGAAUAUAUAAUAGAGGAAGUGCUGGAAGGUGACAUUCCAACCACAGAACUAUCAGAAUUCGUUGAAGCAGAAGAAAUUCCAGUUGUAGAAGACGAGGAUUACGAUUUUGAUGGAGAUUCUAUUGCAGAUUCAGACUAUAAAGUUUCUGGUGAUGAUAGUGAGGAAGAGGAGGUAAAACAGAGAUUAAAGAAAGCAGCAAGUAAAUCAAAGAAGCCUCGAAAAGUCAAGAAACAGCGACAAAAGGGUGGAUCAACAGAAAAAUUGCAAUCGAUACUUUUAAGAAAAUUUAUGAAUGAGGAAAUAAGUUAUACUGAAUAUGCAAGCCGUAUGAGUGAAAUGUCCUUUGAUGAUGUUCCAGACGAUGAUCAAAGUGACGAUUCUGACGAUGAUACAGUUGUCAAAAAGAUUAAAACGCGUUCAAAGCAACAAGCUGAAAAAGCCGAAACUCACCAUGCCAAAAAGUCCAAACGAGCAUUAUCGUCAGCUUUACAGGGAUUAAUGGGAGAAGCAAAUUUGUGUUUUGCUCGAGGAGAUUCUGCAAUGUGUGAAAAGUUGUGUCUUGAAAUCAUUCGUCAAGAACCGAUGGCAGGAGAACCAUACAUAACAUUGUCACAGAUAUACGAAAGUACCGACGAACAAAAGUAUCUCCAUUUAUUGCUCCUUGCUGCUCAUUUAAGCUCAACUUCUCUUCAAUGGAUUCAAGUUUCUGAGGCUUUUGUGGACAGAGGAAAUUUAAAGCAAGCGUCAUACUGCUACGCCAAAGCAACUAGAUGUGAUCCUAAGAAUCUUUCAAUUAGAAUGCAAAGGCUUGAAAUUCUCGAGAAACUUGGUGACAAAAAACAUUUUCUACAUUGUAGUUUUUGCAUGCUUGGAUUUAUCCCUAAAGAAGAUCAUGAAUUUCUUAUUGAUCGUGCUGAAUUUGUAGCCAAAAAAUAUAUGGAAGAAGGUUUGAUAAGCAAGUCACUUGAAGCUAUGCUUAAAGUCUAUAAAAAAGUUCCGGAAUACUUUAAAGCUGACAAAUUACAUUCAUUAAUCGAAUUGCUAAUCAGCAACAAGAAAUUCUAUAAAUGCCUAGAAAUUCUCAUGUCACAUACUGGAUUAAAGCUUAAAGCAAAACAGGAAGUCAAAGGGAAAGAAAUUUAUGAAUUUUCAGACCUUGAAAUACCGAAAAACAUGCUUAUGGAUCUUCGUACUAAAAUGUGCAUCUGUCUUAUUCAUCUUAAUGCUGAUGAUUUAGUUCCUGUCUUAAUUGACAAUGUUUUGUUAUAUAUUGAUGUCGAAAAUGGAGGUGAUUGUUAUUUGGACAUAGCUGAAGCUUUAAUUCUUAAAUCAAACUUUCCUGGAGCUUUAAGGCUGCUUGAUCCUUUAGUAAAAAGUAAAACAUAUUCAUUAGCAGCUGUAUGGCUUAAACAUGCUGAUUGUCUUCGUGUUAUGGAUAAAUAUCCAGAAGCAAUUGAGUCAUAUAAAAUUGUCGUAGAACUUAGUCAACAUAAUGAUGCACGAUUGACAUUAGCAGCACUUUUAAAGCAUGAAGGGAGAAUGACAGAAGCACUUGAUGCUUUGACUCAAGAUCCACAAACUGAAAAUAUGUCAACAGAACUUCUUAAAGAGAAAUGUUUAUUAUUACGGGAUCUUGGCAGAAUUGAUGAAUAUCUACAAUUUGGGUAUAUGAUGCUAUUAAGACACUGCGUCCAUUACAGAUCACGUCAGGAAGUCCAAAUAGUCUCAAACUUUACAAGAACAAAUGAUCGACUAAAUGAAUUAAAGAACUUACGUAAAAAUCGUGAAGAAGUCAUUGAUGAUGUAGAUACGCCAGAAUUUAGCAAGCAAGAUGAACCAACUGUGUCCGAUGACUGGACAUUAUUUUGUGAUUUAAUUAAUACAGCAUGGAAACACAAGAAAUUUAUUCAUUUACAAAGAAUCUCAUUUGCUGGAAUGUCCAGUCGUCGUCUGCAGUCACACGUUCGAGAAAUUGACUUUAUGGGAGUUAUUGCCUGUCUGUUUAAUAAGGAAGAUGUUUUUGGAUAUAACAAAAUUCGUGAAUUUUUAGGAAGUGAUCGUGACAAGCCAAGAUUUUGGAAUUUAUUUAAUUUGAUCGUUUAUGUGACACAAGACACAAGAUAUCAUCGAUUUAUAAUCAGAAUGUUUGACAGAAAUACUUCAUAUGCAUCUAAUAUUCCACCUCUAGUCUACAUGAUGAUUGCAAACUACUUUUUACUUUCAAAUAGCUACAAAUUUGCAUUAAAUCAUUACGAUGAGAUUUAUAAGCGCUUCCAAAUUCCAAUGGUUGCAAUGAUUCUUGCUAUUUUAUAUUCACAAAUUGCAAAUCAAAAGUACACGACAAGGAAGCAAAAUCUGCUUGUUCAAGCUAUGUAUUAUAUGGAAAGAUAUCAAAAGUCACGAGAACCGGAAGCAAUGGCUGAGAUUUUGUACAAUACUGGACGAUUGUAUCAUCAAAUGGGAAUCAUUUCUGUCGCCAAGGAUUAUUAUGAACGAGCAUUAAAAGUUACAAAUCCACUUAUUGAACAAUAUCCUGACAUAUUGGAUCUUAAAAUGGAAAUUGCUUAUAAUCUUCAUAUUAUCUACAAGCAGACGGGAAAUAAGCAUAUGGCUAGAAAGAUUCUGUAUGAUCAUAUUGUGAUUUAAGGAUGAAGAGCUUUUAAAAGUAAGUGAAUGAUUUUGAAUUACACAAAAAUACUUUUUUGAACUGACCCAGUAGCUAUAAAUAAAAAUGAG